GGAAAGAUGCUAAGCAUCUGAGGUUCGAAAUCUACUAAACUCAAAUUUAACCCGUUUGUGUGGUCAGACGACAUGGAUAUCUGAUUUCCAUUGCUAAAAAGAUGUUAAUAUAUUCAUAUUUUACAUCAUAUUUUGCAUUUGUAUAAGAUUGCAUCAUUGCUCUCUCACCAAAUUUCGGCCAAAAAGCUGCCGGAAGAUCAAUCUGAAGCCGGUGUGAGAGAGUCUUGGGUGACCGAUCUUGUUUAUGAUCCUCGUGAUUUGGUUUCUGCCACUUAGUAAAACAUACAUGCUUCUUCUUUUCUUUUGGAUCUCUUCAUCAACAAGCACCUCAUGUCAAACAUUUGUAUCACCAAGAUUAUUUAGUCUUUUCUUUUUGAUUAAUUGGGGUAUCACAUGCUUAUAAAAGGUUCAAACUAAUUUUGAAAAAAGUGCAGUUCAUGAAGACUUUUUCUUCAAGUUAUAAAUGGGACGAAAGUAUAUUCUUUUUCUUGUAGUUUUUCUUAGUUGUGUAUAUGCAAAAAUUUAAAUAAUUCCAGCAAAUGUUGACAUUGAUUGGCAAACGUAGAUGUUCUAUUACAAAAUACACGUCUAAUCACCACGCGCAUGUGAAACAGGUUCAAGAACAGACAUAGUCGAAAGCAGAUGUCCUCAUGAUAUUGCAUCUUCUCGAGAGUAACUUUUAUUUUAUGUUGUGUAAAAGAACUUCGAAGAGGAUGAAUGACUUUUCUUUUUACGGUUUGGUGUUUAGACACAUUUUGGCUUCUCUUAAAAAACCUGAAUGAUUCUGAGAUCAAUGACGUGAGGAACAAGUGAGAUAAAGGAGUUCAGAUCAUGUUAUUGGACUUGCAUGAAACUCUUAAGAGGGGGUUUUCAAGAUUUGAGAUAUCCAUAUAAUAUUUAUUAUUUAUUUCAUAUUUGAUUGUUUUUGAAAACUUGGUAUAAAAGAUUAAAAUGGUCACUGGAAUCCACAAAAGAGUAAUAAUAAUAGUACUUUCGCGACAAACUUAAUGCAUACAAGGAUCAAGAACUUGACCAAGGAACAUAACCAGGCCGCUUCUAUAUUCUUUGACAAGGAAGAGAAAGGGAUGGUCAGCCACGAAGUCGUACUUCUUUCGCGGUUGGAAACAACCGCCAAAACAAGAUAUACUGGUAGCAGCUGCAGCUUUCGUUCCCGCUUCAUCGACCUCAAUGUAAGCCUUGUGGACAAUCUUCUCCAACGGCGUCUUCAAACCCAAACCCUGGAGAGCCUUCGAGACAUCAAAAUCGAGAUCUUUAAAAGAAGUCUCGACAGAGAGAGACUUGUCGAUCCAGACUCCAUUAGCUGCCGAGAUCGUUGGACCGCCACUCGCGGUGCUGUCGGCGAGGAUGUCUGUUACUAUCUUGGAAGACACGGUAUUGAGCUCUUGGGUCGAAGAAGCUUGUAGCAAAGAGAGAAUAUGAUCUGCGGUGGAACCGCCUGACUUGGCGGCGAGGAAGCUGAGGACGACAUUGAUUGACGCCGGCGAAAACACGAGGUUGGAGGUUUUCGCGGCGGGGGUGGUGGCGAUCACGUGAUUAGCCACUCUAAGAGCAAGCUCAUUUUGCUUCCCUACUGAUUUUCGGAGGUCUAUAUUUUAAGGCGCGGUGAGACGGUGAAUAUGAAAGCCAAAGAUGUGAGAUUAGGUAAAAAGAUUUAUCCCCACAAUCUUAUUUAUAGAGCUUCUAAUAUGAAAAAUUCCAAAUUCCAAAUAUUUUACUUAAAACUAAAAAAAAGGAAAAGUAUUUUUUGAAAAAGGGAAAAUCUUAAAUAAAAGGUCACUUCCUUUCAAUUUCAAUUUAAAUCCUAUAUUUUAAAAUUUUAACAUAUACUAAAAACUAGACUUUAGACUUGAAAUCCAAAUCCUAAACCUUAAAUUCAGAAAAUUGAAUUCUAAACUGGAAAUAAAAAUCCCAAAGUAGUGUAUUUUAUUUAGUCUAUUGUUAAUCAAGAUUUUGUUAUUAAUUAUCCUAAUGAAUAAAAUAAUGAAGUUAAUUGGAUUUGACCACGUGACAGGUAAAAGAUUCCUUAUAAUUUUUCUGAAUUAAUUAUUGUAAACGCAAUCAAGAAAAAGAAUACGACAGAACAGUGUCAGACGUAAGUUUAAAACUCUCUCUAAAUUAUGAUUUAAGAUACGUUAAGUAACCCCAACUACUCGUUUGAUGUGUAGCUUUCGCGAUGUGAAUCUAAUGAAUACUUUAUUCUAUAAAUUUUAAUAUAGCUGAACCAGAAAACAUGGCAAUUUUUAUAAAGCCAAUAAUGGGAUUAUUUCAUUUUUAUGAGAUCAUCAAUAAUAUGAAUUUUCAAGACAAAGAAAAGUUGGAGGAACACUACAAAGAAGGCAUAACCAAGAAUCUGUUGAAGCCAAGCAAAGCUUAAAGAGCUAAGGGCAUCCCCAUUGAGAGUUCAAUGGGGGAGUUCACACGGUUUUCGAAAAAAAAAAAAUAUUAAAAUAAGUAAAAGUUGUGAACCUGUCUCUUGCAAGUUCACUGCAGUGAACCCGGGUCAACACUGUAGCGUGGAUCCCACGGCACGUGACGGCUCGCGAUUGGUCCGAUUAAUUUUUUUUUAAAAAAAAAAAAAAAUAAAAUAAAAUUCAAACAGAAAAAAAUAAUAAUAAAAAAAUGCUUUGUGAACCCCUCCCAUGGGGUUCACUGAUGUACAUGGCCUAAGAGAGCAUUUAUCAUCAGCACGGUUCAAUAUUCUUGAGACUUAAAGAAGUUAGCUUUGUGGCUGCUUUUGUUUAUUCUGCUUGGUGCUUUGGAGAAUCUUAUACUCUUGGCACAAGUUUCUUUACUAUACUGUUUCCUUUUCAAUAUUUCAGAGAAAAAAACAAGUCCAAAGCUUCAAGAUCAAGAAGGAAUCAUCUUUACAAAUUCAGUACCAUGGUUGGUAUUUUCUCCAGAUUUUCUGCUGGUAGAAGCGGCCAUAGAAGAACACAAAGUGCCAUCGAUAUGAGGGAAGCAUUGCCAUCAAGUACUACUGAACUUGUUGGUUCAACUCAUGGGAUCGAAGUAGCAACAGAGUUUAAACCGGUGGAACACCCUAUCGAGCCCAUGGACAUUGAUCAACCGAUCCAAUGUCCACUCCCCGAGCCAUCCAUUCUCAAUGAUGGGAGAAUAUGGAAAGAGAGAGUGUCGGCGUCCAUGAGGAGACGAGGCGACUUGGACAUUGCUCAAGAUGGAACGGAUGUAGUAGAAUCUGUUGGAACCAGCUCAUGUGGUCCCACAGAACCUGAUGGCUUUAUGACAAAACCAUCGGUAACUAGCCAAUGCAAUCCCAAGCGUCGAUUCUUGCCUUCGCUCAGUGCACCGGAACGUCACAUGCUUAAUCUACUAGAAGAAUGCAAAGCAUCCGGUACUAUCUAAGAACCAAUGCUGGUCUGGUCUACGCUCUUUUUUAUUCUGUGUAAGAACAAAAACCAAAUCAUAUUGAAUGUUAACACUGUAUCUUGCGUCACAAGCUACACAAGUUUCCUUCAUUUCCAAGUUACCUUACCUGUGUUAAA